AUGGGAUCUUGUUGCAGUUGUUGCCGAGGAUCUGACGUUCAAGAAUCCGUUCAUGCACCCGUUCCAUCAUCCGUCGUGCCAUUAGCUGACCUCCGGCAACAAGCUGCAGAACGCGAUGCGCAAGCUAUGGCAACAGAAGAGACAAGAGAACAUGAUGUUGGGCCAACAUCAAAACCGGAAGCUUCAAGUUCAACCUCGAAGCCUCCCGAAGUCUUGGAGAGAUCACAAGAAAAAAACUAUAGUACUAAAGAAUCAAGAAGACAUUUUGGUCACGAUGGGAUGUCAUCCUAUAAAGCAUCAAAUAUGUUUUGGAGUACUGGAUCUUUUUCUGACCCUAUUCCCAAUGGAUUUUACUGUGUGAUCCAGGAGGAUAGACUGAAGCUUUUCAAAAGCAUCCCAACACUAGAUGAAAUUCGUGCUUUGGGGGACGAAGGUGUUAAGGCGGACGUGAUCCUUGUGGACGAAGAUGAAAAGCUUAAACGGCUAAAGAAGUUGAUCACCGUAACUGUCGAAAAUUUGAAGACAGCGCCGGAAUUUAUUAAGAAAAUUUCUACACUGGUGGUAGUUUUCUACAACCAACCACCUCUGCAGACUCCAGCAAAAACUGAUGAUUUUCCAAAGCUAGGAAAAAUCAAACCUGGUUCUUGUCGUGAUCGAGCAAUCUUGUUUAAAGUUCUAGCUGAUACUGUUGGUCUUGAAAGUAAGCUUGUAGUGGGUUUUCCUAAUGACCUGGAAUCUUGUGCAAGUUUCGACUCUUGUAAGCAUAUGUCUAUUGUGGUUACGCUCAACGGUGAGGAAAUGGUAGUCGACCUUAUGCGAUCUACUGGUCGGCUUAUACCAAUGUCAAGCCAGGAACUUCGUAUGGUUCAUUAUGUCUCAGCUUCAGGGAAUGACUCGUCUCAAGCACCAUAUAUGCCGAAUGAAAGUUUGUCACGAAGCGAGCAAAACAUAGCUACUGAACUUUUGCAGCUUAGCCAAGGAAAGGUCAUCGGAAGACAACGUACUGCUACUUCCAGUCCUGAGUAUGCUUACGUCAGAACUCGUGAGAGGUUCUUCCUAAAUGGUGACAUAAAACCUGUCAGCGAUGAUGCAUCAAGCCCUAAAUCAGAUGAAGCAGCGAAACUGGAAACUAAGAGAAUAAGGAGAAUAGAUUUCUCUGAGUUGGAAGUUGGAGUUAGUGUUGGGAUUGGAUCCACUGCACAAGUCUUCCGUGGCACCUGGAAUGGGACAGACGUUGCGUUCAAGAUGUUUAAUCAAGAAAACCUAACUGAGAACAUGGAUGACUUCUUCAAUGAGGUUUCCAUUCAUAGAAGUCUUCGACAUCCCAAUGUUGUUCUGUUUCUUGGAGCAUGCACAAAGCCUCCUCAGCUAUCACUGGUAACAGAGUAUAUGGGAAAAGGUUCCUUGUAUCAUCUUCUCCAUUCGACCGACGAAAUAAAGAAGUUGAGCUUUAAGGAGAAAAUAAAGAUACUGUUUGACAUUUGCAGGGGUUUGAUGUGCAUACACCGGAUGGGAAUAGUCCACCGUGACCUAAAGAGUGCAAACUGCCUGCUGAGCAAAGAUUGGACAGUCAAGAUCUGCGACUUUGGGCUCUCGAAAACGAUGAAAGGCACGACGAUAAAAGACACUGUAGCUGCGGGAACACCUCAAUGGGUAGCUCCUGAAGUCAUCCGCAACGAACCCUUCUCAGAAAAAUCCGAUAUCUUCAGCUUUGGUGUUGUAAUGUGGGAGCUCUGCACUCUCUCUAAGCCCUGGGAAGGAGUUCCAAAACCUAAAGUCGUUCAUGCUGUUGCAUUCGAAGGAGCCCGGCUUCAGUUACCUAAAGGACCGUUAGGCAAGCUUAUUGAAGAUUGUUGGGCAGAACCAGAGCAAAGACCAAGCUGUGCAGAGAUAUUGACCCGUCUUGCGACCUGCGAGGAGGAAGCUUAA